GUCCCCCUGACAUGGAGUGUUUGCCAGGGGGCAUAGCCAUACAGCCUGUGGAACCUUGUGAGAUAUAUUGUGCAUAGAUUGUGACCUCAGCCUUGAAGCAUUAACCACCAGAUCAGGAACGAGACCUACAGUAUGUCAAGAAGAGAUUGCACAUGGAGGCUUGUGCAAAAGAAUAUGGUAUUGUCUUUAAAGAAAAUAAUUACAUUAAAAGUACAGUGCAGCUUUAAAAAAGCAAGGUUUUGCUUAUUCCAAGUGUACUAUGAAGUUUUAUAAUUAUAUAUAAUGAAGUGAGCAGAUAAGGAUUUAUUUUAAAUUUUGAAAUGGAACCAUAAUUACAUGGUUUUUGAAAAUCUCUUUUGUACAGUACUUGUGAAGCCAAAUGACAUUGGCUGGAAUGUGACUGUUUCUUUUCUUUAUCAUAAAAUAGUGGCUGUGUAGACUCCUGGGGAUGGAAGCAAAGAUUUUAAUUGGUGGCCCAGAUCAAUUUCCAGGCUCACAAGCAUUACAAGUCUGUUGCUCUGAGAAUAUGUCAGACUCAAGAAGCAACCACAGUGCAGAAAUGCUGACAGGCCAUUUGUCAGAGCAGGAGGACUAUUACAGCUUCAGAUGUCAGCAGCCAUUGGAUGCCACAAGUCCUUCUGCAUCAUUGAGUUCUGCAUGUGACGUCUCUUUCCCUUGCAACAAUGCACAUCAUCUCAACACUGAAAAGAGGGGAAGAGGAAGACCAAGAAAAUAUAUCUGCAUCAACCACAAGAUCUUGGAUACCUCCAAACCAAUAAGGAAAAGAGGUCGGCCAAGGAAAACUAUUGAGCUGGAGAAGAAAUUGGAUAAAAGAGGUGGCCAGAUGCCAUGUAACGAUGCUUCCAUGACCAAAAAGAGAAAGCUGGAUGAAAACGCCUUUACCCCCAACAGGAAGAGAACCAGAUUCGGUGAGUCUUCUGAAGAGGAACAAGAUAUUGGUAUUUUUCUCGACACUAAUGGCUCUAAUGGGCUUCACGUAUUGCCAGAAAGGGAAGAAACAUGUCAAAACUCAGAUUUGAGUAUGCCAUAUAUAGAUUUUAAGUGUCUAGGUGCUAGUGAUGAAAAUUUAGUCAGUGAAGAUCAGAAAGUGAGAAUACACACACAAAGAAAUGGUUCUGUUUUAGAACAGGAUUUUAUUCCCUUUUCAAUAGCCGAUGAUUCACCAUCAAACAAUGAUUGUAAUUCAAACAGGACACAGGAAAUACCCUCUGUAAAUUCAGUUCAUCCAGAAGAUAUAGUGUAUGAUGUCUUACCAUGGUGUCAGGAAAUAGAUAAUCUGAGGCCAGGGACUGUCAUACCUGCAAGUAAAAGUGGUGGUACUAUGUACGAUCUCUUAUAUCAGUUUAAAAUAGAUGCAGGACGUUUCUUAGAAGAAGCUACUGGUCUGAAUAUAUAUGUCUUCACAGAAAGUUGCCCUACUCCAGCAUAUAAAACCCCCUUGGCACUUUUUAUUCAAAUGUCUAAUGGACAUCUUCUAAGAAUUAAAUGCCAGCAUUCUAGUUUAAAUUUAAGUUUACCCAUACCUGUUAACAGACAGAAUAUCUCCAGUGAUGCAGUUUACUGUAGUACCCCAAGACCUCAUGACUACAGUAUGGAUGCAACACAAACAAAAUCAGGAAAGGAGAGACGGCCAACAAUUUACAUUCAGGACAAGAGAAUCCUUGAGAGUCAGAAGGACUGGUUUGCUUUCAUACAGAGGAUGUGCUACAUUUACCCAGAAAUUACAGAUAAGCAAUGGCAACCUUAUGUGAAGUUGACAAAGUUAAACAUGGACAUAGUUGAUGGACGUUAUGGUGAUUUAAAUGAUCAAGAUUAUCCAGAAGAUAAUGGAGAUGACAGAAAUACGAAAAACUCUUUCAGAAAAGAUAGAUUUAAUAAUGUUCAGUGGGAUAAAACUUCAAGAAAUCCAGGUUGCUAUACACAUACCAGUACCAGCAACAAUGAAAGGACAUACACAUGCACAGAAGGCUGCCCAGAGCAUGUGCUAAUUCAAGGAAAACUUUCCCCACCAUUAAGCUCUUGCUGUUACAACCCAGAGGGACGCUUCUUUCAUAUUGUUAGGAUUCUGGAAACAAUUUGCAUGUCUGAGAUAAUGGCAGUAGUUUCAAUCCGCAUACAAAGGGAGGAAGCAGAAAGGUAUGCGAGUAAGAAUCUUCACACAGAGGAUUACAUACCUCUUAGCAGUACGAAGAGCAAGGUCAAGAAAACUCACGAACCGGAGGAGGAGGGUGAUUGGGAAGCAGUUUUGAAGAGAACCUCCAGGAAAGCUGCGGCAAUACAUACAAGACAGGAGAACAAUUUUGAAGGCUUUUCCAUGAGCAAGAAAUAUUCUAAAACUACAAAAUUAUGCAACUUUAUCUUUCCAAAGAAGACAAGAAAGACAAUAAGAAAAAAGAAUAAAUGCCAGAAAGUAAAAGAUCUUUGUGAAAGUACUUUGAUUAAGAAGAAUGGCUUUACAAUAAGAUUAUGGCAGAAUUAUGACCGGAAUUUGUUGCAGUCUAAAGGUGCUCAGCAUUAUCGAUGCCAUGCCUGCAAGAAAAAGUGUUUGAAUGCAGCUACCUUAAGGAAACACAUGGAAGAACAUCCACUUUGUCAGCAUCAGAGGAAACGAUCUGCUUCCCGAAAGGAGUCCCACUUCUGUCAGUUAUGUCAAAUUUCUGUGCGAACGAUUAAGAGCCUCCAUGCCCAUGCCCUCAGUAAGGGUCACCGCAGGAUAGUAAAGGAGAAAUUACAGUCUUGCUGUGGGAUCUUGAGCACUGUGUCCGGUUCUCGAGUUGAGCCAGAUGAAGAAAAUGAGACCAGCUUGGAGGUCUUUGAGAUAAUUGAAGAAAAGAUCGUUGUUGAGGAUGACAGUGGAGAGUGCAAGCCGGAAGAAAGUACAUGCACUGUGGUGACGUAUAUCUAUAACAAUCCUACUAUCAAUGCAGUUGAAAAGCUGUGUAUACAGAGUGACCAGAUGGAAGGAAUGCCCUCAGUCCCACUCAGUCAGUUUUUGAGAACUUGUGAGGAGGAGGAUGUUGCAAGUGACAACGUGCCUGCUCCCUGGAACCUGGAGAAGGAUGAUGACCCCCAUGCAGGUGAAGAUGAUUUUAGGGAGGACUCCUCUGCAAGUCAGCAAGGAGAUAUCAGCUGUCAAGUGGGAAGUACUGGUGUGUCAUGGAAGAAGCGUGACCGUGAUGACACGGGCAAGAAUUUUGUCACAAAAAGAGCUAGAACAACUUUCAGCGGAAGGCAGAGGAAUCCGGAAUGGCUGGAAGAGGAGCUGACAUCGGAUUUAGGGUCUCACGAGCCGUGGUAUCUUAAAGGCAAUCAACAGAAGAAAAACAACAUUUUCGGUGAAGUCAUUCACGUAAAGAGAACAUUCAAAAACCAUGCCAGGAAAAACAAUCCUUGGAAAGUUUUCUGCCCUUCCCGUGCAAAAUACGCUUCAGUUGAGAGUCUCUGCACAGGUAUUUCGCAUGAUAGUGGUGUUUGCUGCAAUUCUGGCCAAAGCCCCUACUAUCCCCACCCACUUCUAAGCAGCCUAAAUGAACUCUACAAGAAUACAUCACCUUCACGGGUUGAAGAAGCAGACAAAGCAAAGAAAAGGGAAUCAUACCUGGGUCAGAUUCCCCACGAACUUUACGAUAAGUCUGGGUAUAGAUAUGUGGACUUGGAUAGGCCCAUAGAGUAUUACAACUUCGAUUUUGAUAGGGAAGGGAAUCUUUUGGCAACUACAGCUCUAAAUGAAGUCGAGUUUGGAAAGAAUUUUUCAAGUGAAAGGGAUGUGUUUUUUGGUGAACAGGAAAGUGAUUCCUUUUCAAGAGACUUGGAAACUUUCAAAAGGGAAAAGGAAAGUGAAAAUAGGCUGUGCACUGAAGUUCCUGAUUUCAUUUGCAGGGCAACUUCACCUGCCAUUGACCUUGAUCAAGAUCUCAACACACCGCAGAUGACUCCAGUACAUGAGACAGAUUCUCAACCGUGUAUAUUCAAAGACUGGACUUUAAGUUACACAGCCAGUGGUUUUGAUAGUGACUUUGAAAGAUUGUGGAAUGAAAGUUAGUUGAUUUUGGUAAAUUAGGUCAGAAGUUAAUAAAUUCAUAGGAUAUAUGAACAGUAUAUUAAGUCAGCUAAAACUGAAAACAAUGAGGUAGAAUUAAGUUAAUUAUUUUCAGUUAUGG